AUGGGAGGGCAUCGACAUCCUUGGUGGGGUUUCUUGGGAGGUCCGGUUCAACGUGGGAUUGUCACCUACUCUCUUUCUCCGUAUGAACAACGAGCGUUCGCCGGCGCUUUAAAGUACGGCUAUGGAGUUUACCGUUGGGGAACAGAACGAUACCAUUAUUUACAUUCCAAGGCGGGUCACGCAGAACUCGAAGCUAUCACCAAAUAA